UUCUAUUCGGGGGGACCGCCAGCCCGCCCCGGGAGGAAGGGGCGGCCAGGCCCGAAAGCCGCCUCCCCGGCCCGGAUCCGAGAGCUCGCGCUGGGCAAAGUGAGCCGAACCGCCGGGAGGUGCAAGGGGAAGCCCGAGCCCGCUCUCCCGGCCAAAGUGAACUUUAAUCGAGGUGGUUGGAUGCGGAGACGGGGCGGCAGGACCUGUUAAAAGUGGCCGAAGAUGAAUCCCCAGCAGCAGCGCAUGGCCGCUAUAGGGACCGACAAGGAGCUGAGCGACCUGCUGGACUUCAGUGCGAUGUUUUCCCCACCUGUUAAUAGUGGGAAAACCAGACCAACGACACUGGGCAGUAGUCAGUUCAGCGGAUCAGGUAUGGAUGAACGAGGAGGUACGACAUCUUGGGGAACAAGUGGUCAACCAAGUCCUUCUUAUGACUCAUCUAGAGGUUUUACAGACAGCCCUCAUUACAGUGAUCACUUGAAUGACAGUCGUUUAGGGGCCCACGAAGGCUUGUCCCCAACACCUUUCAUGAACUCAAAUCUAAUGGGAAAAACGUCAGAGAGAGGCUCAUUUUCCUUGUACAGCAGAGAUACUGGAUUACCAGGCUGUCAAUCUAGUCUCCUGAGACAAGAUCUAGGGCUUGGAAGCCCAGCACAACUCUCUUCUUCAGGAAAACCUGGGACACCCUACUACUCAUUUUCUGCCACAAGUUCCAGGAGAAGACCACUCCAUGAUUCUGCAGCACUUGAUCCUUUGCAAGCAAAGAAAGUCAGAAAGGUACCUCCUGGUUUGCCUUCUUCUGUAUAUGCACCAUCCCCAAAUUCAGAUGACUUCAACCGUGAAUCUCCUAGUUAUCCAUCUCCCAAGCCACCAACCAGUAUGUUUGCUAGCACUUUCUUUAUGCAAGAUGGGACCCACAAUUCUUCUGACCUUUGGAGUUCAUCAAAUGGGAUGAGCCAGCCUGGUUUUGGUGGAAUUCUGGGGACCUCCACUUCCCACAUGUCUCAAUCCAGUAGUUACGGCAGCCUUCAUUCACAUGACCGCUUGAGUUAUCCUCCACACUCAGUUUCACCAACAGACAUAAACACAAGUCUUCCACCAAUGUCCAGCUUCCACCGCGCCAGUACCAGCAGUUCACCUUAUGUUGCUGCCUCACACACUCCUCCCAUCAAUGGAUCAGAUAGCAUUCUAGGAACCAGAGGAAAUGCUGCUGGAAGCUCACAGACAGGUGAUGCACUUGGAAAAGCUUUGGCAUCUAUUUAUUCUCCUGACCAUACCAGCAGUAGUUUUCCAUCCAAUCCAUCAACACCAGUUGGAUCACCCUCACCUCUCACAGGUACCAGUCAGUGGCCCAGACCUGGAGGUCAAGCUCCUUCAUCCCCAAGCUAUGAAAACUCACUCCACUCCCUGCAAUCUCGGAUGGAGGAUCGUUUGGACAGACUGGAUGAUGCUAUUCAUGUGCUGAGGAACCAUGCCGUGGGACCUUCUACCAGUUUGCCCACUGGUCACAGUGAUAUACACAGUUUAUUGGGACCAUCGCAUAAUGCACCGAUUGGAAGCCUCAAUUCAAACUACGGUGGAUCAAGCCUUGUUACAAGCAGUCGAUCUGCUUCAAUGGUUGGAACUCAUCGAGAAGACUCUGUCAGUCUCAAUGGCAAUCAUUCAGUCCUGUCUAGUACGGUCACUGCUUCAAGCACAGACUUGAACCAUAAAACACAGGAAAAUUAUAGAGGUGGCUUGCAAAGUCAGCCUGGAACUGUUGUUCCAACAGAAAUCAAGACUGAAAAUAAAGAGAAAGAUGAAAACCUUCAUGAACCUCCUUCAUCAGAUGACAUGAAAUCAGAUGAUGAAUCCUCCCAAAAAGAUAUCAAAGUUUCAUCUAGAGGCAGAACAAGCAGUACUAAUGAAGAUGAGGAUUUGAACCCAGAACAGAAGAUAGAAAGGGAGAAAGAAAGGCGGAUGGCUAACAAUGCCAGAGAACGCUUGCGUGUACGAGAUAUUAAUGAGGCAUUCAAGGAGCUUGGUCGAAUGUGUCAGCUUCAUUUAAAGAGUGAAAAACCCCAAACAAAACUCCUUAUUCUUCAUCAGGCCGUGGCAGUCAUCCUUAGUCUAGAACAGCAAGUCAGAGAGAGGAACCUUAACCCCAAAGCAGCCUGCCUUAAGCGAAGGGAAGAAGAAAAAGUUUCUGCCGUAUCGGCAGAGCCACCAACCACACUGCCAGGAACCCAUCCUGGGCUUAGUGAAACUACCAACCCUAUGGGUCAUAUGUAAACAGCAGCCAGCUCUUGAAGCUCAGAGUCUGACAGCCUGGAACCGGCGGCCGGUGUCUUCUGAGAUGCUGCUCCCUGGCCUGUAGGCGGCCAAGCUGCCCCUGUGUUCUCACCUGGUCUUCCAUCUCUCCGUGUCCUCAUCUCUCCUUAGAGGGAGCCCAGUCUUUGGAUCAGGACUGGCCCUAAUGACCUCAUUUUAGCUUCAUCGUGUCUUGAAAGGCCCAGUCUCCAGUCACAUUCUGAGGGACUGGACCUCAACAUGGGGAUUUAUGGGGCCACAAUUCAGCCCGCGACACCCACCACCACCUCUCCUUCCACACACAGAAAUGGUGGCCAGAGCUACGGAACAUGCGUGUGUGAACGGUGACAGUCUGAGAAGUCACAAGAAAGACGAUUUUGAGGGCUAUGAGCCACAGUAAUGGGAAGCAUGGUUGCCAACAGGCCAAGUGCUGUCGAGGCCUGCCAGCAUCAGGGCCGAGAGGGGACACCGUGCCUCAGCGUGCAGCAGGCUUUCCAUGCAGGGGGAGGGUGUCCACUUGGCCAGCCCUAGAGAAGACUGCCUCUCGAUGGCCGUACAAUC